GAAGAAAGAUACAGUACUGAGAGAGAAAAUUUUAGGAUAACGGCUUACAAAGAGCAAAACUUUCUUUCGCAAAGCAGAAGGGGUGUAUCCGAAAACGAGCUAGUCGUUAUGAAAAAAACUUUGAAGAAUUCCGGAGGUGCAGAACAAGACAAUUAUGCAGCUAGUUAUAUCAAAAAAAGUUGAUUUUCGUAAAUGACGCCAUAGAACUGUAAUAUACACGACCAUGUUUAUAAGACAUUCAGUACCGAAAUUUUUUUCAUCAAUGGUAUUUCAAGAUCUGAUAAAUCAGAUUUUUUCAAAAUUAGACGAGAAACUGUUUAUGGCUGGUUAGGUGGGAUACAACUUUGACCUGUUCAGAAGCACUGCUAAACAUCACACCAUUUGGAAAAUAUAUUUGACAUCACUGUUCUCUCCUGCUGUUAUGUUUAAAUUAUCUGUAUGUUUUUUUUUGUUUAGCUUUCGUCUGCUAAUUUGUUGCCAGAAGAAUUUGCAUUUUCGAGAUGAGUUUUAGUCGGCCUAAAACAGUUCUGCCACCACUUCCAAAAUAUCCAGGGAUCAUCAAAGCGUAAGUCUUUUUCUACUUCAGACUUCAACAUACCUCCUUUUCAUUAUACUUUUUCGGUAAAACGUCAUCUUCAACAUCAAGUACAAUUCCUAAGAAAGAGCAUUCGCUCACUACAACGUCGAAACAAGCUUCAAGACAAUCACUAAGACCUACACCUUGUUCGGCUGUGUCUCAUAAAACAAAAGAAGAACGAAAGCCGUCCGUAACUUCUUCAAAAUUCUAGAAAAAAGAAAUUUGAUGACAGCCUAUUUUGUUUGUUUAGUGUUGUGCCAGAUUGUUUAUCACGAAAUGUUGAAAGGCAGAUAGCGAUAGGUCCAUCGACAAAGGAUCAAUUAAACGAUACUACUGAUAAUUUACAAUCAAUUGUCAAACGUUCAGAAGAAAUUUUGUUGACACCAGUUCAUUGUUCAACAAACGCACAGUUAUCAAAUAAUCUUCGUCGUACAAAAUCACUUCGUCUAACAAAAGCAGAUAUCGAUCGUCGUUCAAACGUCAAACCAUCUUUAUCAAGUAAUAAAAUACAUGAUUUUGAUAAUAAAUCGAUGUCAGAUAGAUCCAGUGAGCAUGGAAAUAGUAAUAGUGCUUUACAGCGUCGUGGUUCUAUGAGAAAUCUUUCGUCUAUUGACAAAUUUAGUGGUAUUCGAUGUUGUUUACAAAACACUUCAACAAAAAUACAAGCGUGUAAGUUAUCUGUUUAUUAA